UCGCCUUGCUAUGAGCUCAUCGGACAAAGGACAAUAGCUUUGGCCUUCCAACUAUUUGUGUCUUUCAAAUUUCCUACUAGCAACAAGAACUUAACCAGGUAGGCACACCUAAUUUGGCUAGACCUUAGCGUCUUAAGCAAAAGAACUUUUGACGCUAUUGUCGUUACUACUCAGUUUAUAAUAAGCUAGCUAGUUGGUUGUUCAUUCAUUGGAUCUAACACGAUCACGCAAACAGUGCGUUCUUCACGAGUGAUGUGAACCGAUGAUAACCACUACAACAUACCGUUUAUUGGAUGCUGGGAAUUAUGCAGUUAUUACCUGUGCAAAACAUUUGAGUUCUAGAACAGGAGGACCAAAGAAAUGGUGGGACUGGACUGGGGGGCUUAAAAUUCCAUGCGUCUCCACUUCUCCUAUACUAGUUCGUUUAUUCCGUGUUGGGGAAAGUAGCUGGAAACCCAUUUCUAUUCCUAAUCUGUGAAUAUCGAGUCAGACAGACCAAGUCAUCAGCUGCCCCUUAUUUCCAUUAGAAGCUUCUAUUUUCUAUGCGUGGCCUAAUAUUUAAUAGAGGCACGCCAGUCUUUUGUCAAAUAUGAACCGCCCCCAUUGCUUACAUGAUGCCAAAUAGUCCUGGGCUUCAUUAAAACCAUUACCCAUUUUUGUCUGCCACGUAUGUAUCUCCUCCAAACUAUAUCAAUCUUUUUUGCUCCAAUCCCUCCUCCAAACACAAAAUGAAUCCAGCCAUCUUGUUUCUCUUCAUCAUCCUGUUAAUCCAGGCGCCUCUAGCUUUGUGUCAAUUUAAUAGCAGCAGUGUGUAUGAGGCCUGCGCCGAGUCAUUCAGUUGCGGCGAUAUUGAUGGAAUAGGCUAUCCUUUCUGGGGAGGGAGUCAACCGGAAUACUGCGGCCACCCGAGUUUUGGGCUGAGCUGCAAUGAUGAGUCCCACCCGGAAAUUAGUAUCCUAUCGGUGAAAUACAAAGUUUUAGAUAUCAGCAGCCAGGCAGCCACUAUUGUGAGAGAUGAUCUGUUAAGCAAUAUUUGUCCCUCCAAUCCUCAAAGAACAUCCUUGGACUUGAACCUCUUCAGUUACACUCCCUCUGGUAACCAGAACAUUACCCUGUUCUACGGUUGCACCAUCACAAACCCUGCUGUUUCAUCAGCUUCAAUUCCCUACCUCAUCAACUGCACUGAAGACAUUUCCGACUCGAAUAAAAAUGUCCUCUGGUCGCCUGGUACAGGAUUGCCAACUAUCCCUGGUAUCUCAAGUAGUAUCUUCAGGUGCGGGAGUGACAUCUUUGUUACUAUCACUCAAGAAGCUUUUGACGCUUUAGUUAACGUUUCCCUUACCGUUACGGAGGACCUCCUAAGAACAUAUGUGAGUGGUGGUUUUUCUGUGAAUUGGAAAGCAAAUAAUAGCUUAUGCGACAACUGUACUGACUCAGGGGGACGAUGCGGUUCCAAUGGCGAUCCCAUUUCAACACAAUUUAUUUGCUACAUUGAUAACAGUAAGAGUAGCAAUAAAAAGCCACUGGGCAUAGGCCUUGGCAUAGCAGGUGCUGUUCUUGCUGGUGUUGGCAUUGGAUGGCUAAUAUUUAGACAGAAAAGAAGGCGGGUUGCGGUAGUACAAACACUCGAACACGAACAAGUGCUGCCUGCUCAAACCAAGAACAAGGGCCUUCCAACUCCUCCUUCUAGCAAUAGCCUUUCUUCUGAUCCUUCUCCUAGGUUCAUGAGAAGUAUCCCCUCUUAUCCUUCUUCAGGAUCUGUGGCUUUAUUUGGUAGAGACAGCUACUAUUUCGGGGCUCAGAUAUUCACUUAUGCUGAGCUUGAAGAAGCCACUAACAAUUUUGAUCAAACUAGAGAACUUGGAGAUGGUGGCUUUGGCACUGUGUUCUAUGGCAAGCUCCCCGAUGGUCGUGUUGUUGCUGUCAAGCGCUUAUACGAGAACAAUUUCAAGCGUGUGGAGCAGUUCAUGAAUGAAGUGGAGAUACUGACCAAGUUGCGACACGACAACCUUGUGGUACUAUAUGGAUGUACAUCCAAACAAAGCAGAGAUCUUCUGCUUGUUUAUGAAUACAUACCUAAUGGAACAGUGGCUGAUCAUCUCCAUGGAAAGCGGGCGAAGUCUGGUUUAUUGUCUUGGCCCAUCAGGUUGAAGAUAGCCAUCGAGACAGCCGAUGCAUUGGCCUUUCUGCAUAAAAAAGAAAUCAUACAUCGUGAUGUCAAAACUAAUAACAUUCUUCUCGACAAUGAUUUCCAUGUGAAAGUUGCUGAUUUUGGGCUCUCGAGGUUGUUCCCAACCAAUGUCACACAUGUGUCAACCGCGCCACAAGGCACGCCUGGCUAUGUUGACCCCGAGUACUAUCAGGUCUAUCAGCUCACCGAGAGAAGUGAUGUCUACAGCUUCGGGGUGGUCCUGAUAGAGCUCAUCUCGUCAUUACAAGCCGUGGACACCAAUAGGCAUCGCCAUGACAUCAAUUUGUCGAACAUGGCAAUCAACAAAAUCCAAAACCACGCACUGCAUGAGCUCGUCGAUCCAAGUCUUGGAUUCGCGACUAAUAGCUCGGCGAGGAGGAUGAUCACCCUCGUUGCAGAGUUGGCUUUCCGGUGUUUGCAACAAGUGAGAGAUAUGAGGCCUUCGAUGGAAGAAGUGUUGGAUACUCUAAGACGAAUCGAGAACGAAGAGUUGAAUGCUGACAAGGUGGAGGUAUUGGACAUUGUGGUAGAUGAUCUUGCCCUUCUAAAGGGUAAUGCCACCUCUUCACCUGAUUCUAGUGUUACUGAUAAGGGGGCAAGCAGUUCUACACCAAACUCCAUUGGGUGAGUCUAUCUUUUUCAGAUCCCUUUUGUCAAUCACUCAAAGUAGAAGCUGCAAUCAUGCCAUACAGUGUUUUGUGAUCCUUAGAUGGCUAUUGUUAUUUUGUUUAUCUUAAUUUGAUGUUUCAUAUAUGUUAUAUAUAGUCGUUAAGUUGGUGAGAUGAACAGACUUUUAGCUAGUUCUGACCUAAAGGGAAUGUAAAUAGUAAAUGGAGUUGGCUACUAGCUACCUAUUACUUUUAUGUAUAUUUCAUGUGUUUGAGCAUCUGUAUGUGCAAUUGCUUAUUGGUU